AUGCACAUAGAAAAGGAAGAUAUUUUUGGACAAUUACCAGGCCUCAAUAUCUAUACUCAGAUUUGUCUUUGUUAUUCUUUGGCCAACGAUAACAAUAUAUUACAUUCAGCAAUCAUCGAUGCCCUGACCAAUGGUCUUGAAGGGCUGACCGCCAGCUUCCCCUGGGUAGCAGGUCAAGUUGUCAAUGAAGGCUCGAGUGAGGGCAAUACAGGCGUCUUCAAGAUCAAACCUUACCAGAAGAUUCCUCCACUGGCCGUGAAAGAUCUGCGACAUGACCCUUCGGCACCGACAAUGAAUGCUCUCAGACAAGCAGAAUUUCCCUUUCGCAUGCUCGACGAAUCCGUCAUUGCCCCUCGCAGUACACUCCCAGGCAUCUUUGGUGCAUCUCCAUCGGAUCCUACACCAAUUUUGCUCGUCCAGGUCAACUUCAUCGAUGGCGGUAUCAUUGUCACUUUUCUCGGUCAGCAUCAGGCAAUGGACAUGACUGGCCAAGGCCAAAUCAUGCAUCUCUUGUCAAAAGCCUGUCAUGGCGAAUCAUUUAUUAACCAAGAGCUGUCCAUUGGCAAUCUUGCCCGCGGCAACAUGAUACCAUUACUUGACGAUAAUCUCAACGGACUAAAGACCAAGAUUGCAAACCAGAUUGUUCAGUCUGCCUUGUCUGAUCCCAUUGCAUUCUCCAAACCGUCGGGGUCGGCGAUACCUGAGCAUGACGGACCAACUCCUCAAGCACCUCCGAGCUGCAGCUGGGCAUAUUUAGCGUUUCCUGCCGCGGCUCUAACGGCGCUCAAAUCACUAGCCACUCGAACUCUGCCCUCGUCUCUCUCAAGCGGAUUCGUCUCGACUGACGAUGCGCUCAGCGUAUUCCUAUGGCAAUCCAUCACCCGUGUCCGCCUUCCGCGCUUCUCGGAUAGUACAUUAUCAACGACAUCAACUUUUGCUCGCGCUGUAGACGUACGGCGCUAUCUCAAUGUUUCAUCAACUUACCCAGGAUUUGUGCAAAAUAUGGCGUACAGCACAUAUACACUUCAGCAGCUAGUUGAAGAGCCAUUAGGCACUGUCGCAUCGCAGCUUCGGUCAGAGGUAGACCCAAAUAUCUCGAAUAUAGGCUACCGCACCCGUGCUCUUGCAACCGUGCUAGAUGGCACACCCGACAAAACCAUCGCCUCCUUGGCAGCAACUAUCGAUCUCUCAUCCGACAUUAUGCUGAGCUCAUGGGCCAAGGUGGACUGUUACGAUCUCGAUUUCAACUUUGGGCUGGGCCAACCAGAAGCGGUUCGGAGACCCCAGUUUACGCCUGUUGAGAGUUUGCUGUAUUUGCUGCCGAGGAAUCCAGAUGGCGAGAUUGCUGUCGCAGUGUGUCUGAGAGACGAAGACAUGCAGAGAUUACAAGCGGAUGAGGAGUUGAAGAAACAUGCGAGAUUUAUUGUUUGA